AUGCCGGCCGAGAGGCGUUCUCUGCGCUCCAACAACAAGUCCGACCCGUCCUCAUCUGCGAACGGCGAGAAGGCGCGCUCCAACUCGCAGAGCUCUAGCUCGAACAAGGACAAGCCCGCGCCCACCCGCGCGGCUCCCAACAAGGCGGCCAAGGCGGUCCCGACCAAGAAACCCGGCUCGACGAAGAACGGCCUAGCGAACACCAACAUGGAGGGCAGUGAGCAGCCGCACACCAACGGCUCCGACCCUGUGGAGAAUGGCGUCAAUGGCAAGGAGGAUGUGGAGAUGGGAGAGGAGACGGCAGGUGGGCCUACAUCCUCCAUCAACAACACCAGUAAGGACCGGAAAGGUGACGAGAAGAUGACAGUUGUAGUGCCUCCGACCAAGGGGUCGAGGUUAUCUACCGAUCCCGAUCAGGACCAAGAGGGAGACGUCGCCAUGGAGGGUGCAGAGGAGGAUGCCCAGAAGACCGAGGAAGUCGACCCCAGGGCCAAAGCCAUUCAAGACAUCAAAGCCAAUUUUACCCUUCUCGAACGAGCCGUCACACAUUUCGACCCCCGAUUCACACUCCGGGUCCUGCGUUCCAUAUCCUCGAUGCGUAAACACAUCACGCCGGAUGUGUUGACAGAGGUCAUCGUGGAGACGUAUCCGGCUUCGAGCUUGACGGCCUCCUUCUUGCUCGAUGCGAUCGAUGCGUCGGGAGCGUUCGAAAGUGCCGUCGCGGCCAGCUCGAAGAUGGACGUGGACGCCGAGAAGAACAAGACCACCUCCAAGGAAGUCCUCCCGGAGGUGGACACGUACCUCGCCAUCCUCGUGCAGAUCUAUCUCUACGACAAGAAGGAGAUCCAGAAGGGGGCUGCGUUCUCGACGAGUCUCGUCGAGCAACUGCGGACCCUGAACCGCCGCACCCUGGACUCGCUGGCUGCUCGCGUGUACUUUUAUUACUCCAUCUUCUUCGAACAAAUAGCCCCGCUGCCACCCUCGCCCUCAGCAACGGUCAUCUCCAUCCGCCAGCCUCUGCUGGCUGCCCUCCGGACUGCGGUUCUGCGCAAGGAUGUCGACACCCAGGCGACCGUGAUGACCCUGCUGCUGCGCAAUUACCUGUCGACCUCGCACAUUUCGCAGGCCGACUUGCUCAUCUCCCACAACCGCUUCCCUCCGUCGGCCUCCAACAACCAGAUCGCGCGGUACCUGUACUACCUGGGUCGCAUCCGGGCCAUCCAGCUCCAGUACACUGACGCGCACGGUCACCUUAUCGGUGCAACCCGGAAAUCCCCCUCGAGUCACAGCGCCCGGGGCUUCUACCAGGCGUCUCAUAAGCUCCUCGCUGUGGUGGAGCUGCUGAUGGGCGACAUCCCCGACCGGGCCAUCUUCCGUCAGCCGGCCCUCGAGCGGGCCAUGCACCCGUACUUCCUGUUGGUGCAGGCAGUGAGCGUGGGCGAUCUGGACGGCUUUUUGAACAUUGUAAAUACGCACAGCGCCACCUUCCGCAAGGACGGGACCUACACGCUCAUCCUGCGCCUGCGACAGAACGUCAUCAAGACGGGCAUCCGCAUGAUGUCGCUGUCGUACUCGCGGAUCUCCCUGCGUGACAUCUGUCUCCGUCUGGGGCUCGAUAGCGAGGAAUCCGCCGAGUACAUCGUUGCCAAGGCGAUCCGCGACGGAGUCAUCGAGGCGACCCUGGACCACGAGCGCGGCUUCAUGAAGAGCAAGGAGGUUGGCGACAUCUACGCCACCCGUGAGCCGGGCGAGGCUUUCCACGAGCGUAUUCGUGCUUGUCUCACCCUCCACGAUGAAAGCGUUAAGGCCAUGAGAUUUCCUAUGAACCAGCACCGCUUGGAGUUGAAGAGCGCACAGGAGGCCAGGGAGCGAGAAAGGGAGCUUGCCAAGGAAAUCCAGGAAGGAGACAUGGACGAUGAGGAUGCGGGCGGCGAUUUCGACGCAAUCUAUAGAGGCUUACCGAGGAUGCGAGCUCGAGUUGCCCGGGCCUCCGGGCUGUUGCUGUCGUCACGAGCAGGAGGAGAAGCUCCCUCCACGGUGAGGACGAUCAAAAUAUGCUGGCAAUGCCUGCGAGAGGACCUGCAGAUCCGGAGAUACCAUCCUACACGGCGGAAACAGGUGUCGCCGCUGGGCGCUGCGGUAUCGGCGGCGCAAACACUCUUCUCCAAAGGACUGCCCAAGGCGCCCCCCGGGAUUUCGGUGGACCCGUUGCGGAUGGUGGGCAAGGAACUCAAGUUCUUGACCAAGAACAUUCGGUCACUGCUGGGGUCGGGCCAUCCGAUGCUUGACAAGGUUGCCAAGUACUACACCCGCAGCGAGGGCAAGCACAUGCGGCCGCUACUGGUCCUGCUAAUGUCCCAGGCUACCGCGUUGGCACCUCAGGCAGCCCGGUCGUCGAUAUCUCCUCCUCCUCCUCCGUCGUCGUUGUCAUCGUUGUCGUCGUCGUCGAUCAAUGACCCUAUCAGCUCGCCUCAGGUGUUGGUCGAUGCGAACCCGGAUACUAGCCCGGGUAGCAAGUACGACUUUAUCGGCGACGAGAACAUCCUCCCCUCACAGCGGCGCCUGGCCGAGAUCACGGAACUGAUACACACGGCAUCGCUCCUGCACGACGACGUGAUCGACAAUGCAGUGACACGCCGGUCCGCCAGCUCGGCGAACCUGCAGUUCGGGAACAAGAUGGCCGUGCUGGCGGGGGAUUUCCUCUUGGGACGGGCCUCGGUGGCGCUGGCGCGCCUGCGUGACCCGGAGGUGACGGAGCUGCUGGCCACGGUCAUCGCCAACCUGGUUGAGGGCGAGUUCAUGCAGCUCAAGAACACCGCCCAGGACGAGGCCCACCCGGUCUUCACCGACGACACCAUCGACUACUACCUGCAGAAGACAUACCUCAAGACCGCCAGCCUGAUCAGCAAGUCUUGCCGGGCCGCCGCCCUGCUCGGCAACAGCGCCCCGGAGGUCGUUGACGCCGCCUACGCCUACGGCCGCAACCUCGGUCUCGCCUUCCAGCUCGUUGAUGACAUGCUCGACUACACCGUCAGCGCCGUCGACCUCGGCAAGCCUGCCGGCCAGGACCUCGAACUGGGACUGGCUACCGCCCCCUUGCUCUUUGCCUGGAAGCAGAACCCGGAGCUGGGUCCCUUGGUCGGUCGCAAGUUUGGCCGUGAGGGAGACGUCCAACGAGCCCGCGAGAUUGUUUACCGUAGCAACGGGGUCGAACAGACCCGCGCCCUCGCCCAGGAAUAUGCCGACAAAGCGGUGGCUGCCAUCAGCCACUUUCCGGACAGCGAGGCCAAGGCCGGUCUGAUUGAGAUGUGUGAGAAGACCAUGAAGCGGAGGAAGUAG